GAUCUUUUCUCUGUGAACAUAAACCAAACCUCUAUAGUCUAUGACUCUGUCUGUCUCCUCUCUCUCACUUCCCAUUAACCCCCAUCUCAUCUACUCCUUUCAUUUUCUCUCUCCUCUUUUUUUUUCCCUUCUUUUUUUUCUCUCUCAUUUCUCUGCUUUUUCCCAUCACAAAAGAUCGAUCAUCUUUCUUACUUUUUCCAUGUAAUCUUUGAAAUUCUUUACCUCAAAUUCGUUCUUAAAAGCUCUCAAUUCAACUCGAUCCCCGAUUUCUAGGGUUUCCACUUCAAUUUCCAAUUCAAGUGGCGGAAAAUCGACAAUUCUAGGGUUUUUUCGGGGGGUUCUAGUUUCGUCGUUAGGGUUUGUAUGAGGAUUUGGUGUUGUCUGCCAUGCUUCGUCGGCGACGAUAGAGAAGAUACCAUGAGAAGUGAAAAAGAUAGUGAAACUCAGAAUUUGAAGGAAGAGGUUAAAGAAGAAGAAGAAGAACAAAAAGAAGAAGAACAACAAGAAGAAGAAUUGUCGUCGUCUGAGGGUUUGGAAUUAGGGUUUUGUUUAGGAUUACCUGGGAGUAGUAGUGGUAAUAGUGGUAGUAGUAAGAGGAGUGUUGAGGGAUUGAAAGGUGGUUCGAAGAGAGAUCUUGGGGGUUUCCUCGUUGAGAGGGAGAAGAGUCUUAUUGAAUCGUUGAAGCUUUCGAUUGGCGGAAGUAGUAGCCAUCCUUUGCCAUUUCUUGAUUACUCUAGCCUAACCCGCAAUGUGAUUGAUGCUGGGGAGUCUUCAUUUUCUUUACUGAAAGAUAAUUUUAUCUCUGAUUUGCAGCAUAAGCGUGCCAAACUCGAGUCGAUUUUUCAAGAAAGCCAUUCAACAGAUCCCCUUUCCUGUACUUAUAAUAACAGUUCGGAUGCAAUAAGGAGCUGCAGUAUCUCUCCAAAAUGUUCUAUUGUUUCAAAAAAUAAGAUUCUGGACCUAACUUCUCCAGUGGAUGAUUUUGUAAAUACUGUAAGCUAUGAUAUAAGUGAAGAUAUCAUUGAGGGAAUUACUGAUACUUCAGACAUGGAUGGCAUGGCAAUUCCGUUGGAUCUUUCAGAUGAUCUGUUACAUAUGGUAUUCUCUUUCCUUGGCCAUGCACACCUUUGCAUAGCUGCAAUGGUGUGCAAGCAGUGGCGAGCUGCCAGCGCUCAUGAAGAUUUCUGGCGAUCUCUGGAUUUCGAAAAUCGAAACAUAUCUGUGGUACAACUGGAAGAUAUCUGUCAUCGGUAUCCAAGGGCUACUGAAGUGAAUCUUUGUGGUAACCCUGAGAUGCACAUGCUUGUCAUGAGAGCAGUUUCUUUGUUGAGAAAUCUUGAGGCUUUGACCUUGGGCAGAGGACAACUUGGUGAAGCAUUUUUUCAUGCUCUUUCUGGGUGUCCCUAUUUGACGAAGUUGGUUGUUUGUGAUGCUGCCCUCGGAAAUGGCGUGCAAGAGAUUUCUAUUAAUCAUGACAGGUUGCAGCAUCUUCAAGUUACGAAGUGUCGUGUGCUUCGUGUGUCUGUAAGGUGCCCCCAGCUUGGUACACUAUCUUUGAAGCGUAGUAAUAUGGCACAUGUGGUGCUUAAUUGCCCUCUUUUGCAUAAUCUGGAUAUUGGCUCUUGCCACAAGCUCCCUGAUGCAGCGAUUCGUUCUGCUGUCACAUCAUGCCCCCUUUUAGAAAAUCUGGACAUGUCAUGCUGCUCUUGUGUUAGUGAUGAAACGCUUCGUGAAAUAGCUCAAGCUUGUGCAAAUCUGCGUGAACUCAAUGCUUCAUAUUGCCCCAACAUUUCCCUUGAGUCUGUGAAAAUGCCGUUGCUAACUGUUCUGAAGCUUGAGAGCUGCGAGGGCAUAACUUCUGCUUCAAUGGCUGCAAUAGCUUUCAGUAAUAUGUUGGAGGUGUUGGGCCUUGACUUCUGCAACUUAUUGACCUCUGUUUCUUUAGAGCUUCCUCACCUGAGCAAUCUAAGUUUGGUGCAUUGUCGCAAAUUUGUAGACUUGAAUCUACGAUGCCUUAUGCUGUCAUCUCUGAACGUAUCUAAUUGUCCUGCACUUCACCGUAUUAGUAUUACUUCAAAUGCACUCAAAAAACUAGCAUUGCAUAAACAAGAAAGCUUGAACUCACUAUCAUUGCAUUGUCAAUAUCUAGAAGAAGUGGAUCUUUCUGAUUGCGAGGCUUUGACAAAUUCAGUAUGCGAUGUCUUCAGUGAUGGAGGUGGAUGCCCAAUGCUGAAAUCAUUGGUCCUCGAUAACUGCGAGAGUCUAACUGCAGUUGGACUACGUAGUACAUCGCUUGUGAGCCUUUCACUGGCUGGUUGCCGUGCCAUCACAACUCUUGAUCUCAAAUGUCCAUAUCUUGAGCAAGUACGGUUAGAUGGUUGUGAUCAUCUUGAAAGAGCUUCAUUUCUCCCGGUUGGCAUGCGAUCUCUAAACCUUGGCAUUUGUCCAAAACUGAGUGCUCUCCAUAUUGAAGCACCUCGCAUGGUUGGUCUUGAGCUGAAAGGAUGUGGUGUAUUAUCUGAAGCUUCAAUAAAUUGCCCUCUUCUUACAUCCUUGGAUGCAUCCUUCUGCAGCCAGCUCAAGGAUGAUUGCUUGUCUGCAACGACUGCUUCAUGUCCUCUUAUAGAUAAACUGAUACUGAUGUCCUGCCCUUCUAUUGGUUCUGAUGGGCUGUCUUCUUUACGCUGGCUUGAAAAUCUCAUUUAUCUUGAUUUGUCUUACACUUUCUUGACGGAUUUGCAACCAGUGUUCAGCUCUUGUUUGCGACUCACGGUUUUGAAGCUGCAAGCGUGCAAGUAUUUGAAUGAUUCAUCACUUGAGGCUCUCUACAAGGAGGGUGCUCUGCCUGCAUUACGUGAACUGGACUUGUCUUACGGGACGCUCUGUCAAUCUGCCAUAGAGGAGCUGCUAGGAUACUGUACACAUUUGACCCAUGUCAGUUUGAAUGGCUGUAAAAAUAUGCAUGAUUUAAAUUGGGGAUUUACGAAGCUGUCAAGCUAUCAGGCUUCUAGUCUUCCUUCUCGUCAGCAUAUCAAUGAGCCUAUUGAGUUUCCACCUCGCUCACUUGAGAAUCUCAAUUGUGUUGGUUGUUUAAACAUCAAAAGAGUUUAUAUUCCAUCUUUAGCCCAGUGUAUCCAUCUGUCAUCAUUGAACCUCUCUCUCUCAGUGAAUCUAAAGGAGGUUGAUGUUGCUUGUUCCAAUUUGUGCUUUCUUAACUUGAGUAAUUGUUGCUCACUGGAAAUUUUGAAGCUGGAUUGUCCAAAAUUGACCAGCUUAUUUCUUCAGUCCUGCAAUGUCAACGAGGAGACGGUGGAGUCUGCAAUAUCAAGAUCUAGCUUGCUCGAAACUCUUGAUGUUCGCUUUUGCCCCAAGUUCUCCUUGGAGGCUGCGACCAAAUUUCGGGACAAAUAUCCUAGCUUGAAACGUGUCUUCGUUGGUAGUAAGUAACUGUAGAGAAUUAUGUAUUAUCAUGAGUUGCCUGCAGUCAGGGUCCUGUCGUGUGGUGUGCAAAAAGAAUAUGGUCAAGGCCUCUGUAUUGUUGUUAUUUGGUUUGUCUAUGAGCCAUUUUUCUGUCUUGUCCCUGGUGGACAACACACAAUAAGGUCUCUUGUAUGUCUAUUGAUUGAUAGGUUAUUUUACAUAAAAUCCGUCAUAAGAGGGAGUAAAUCUUGUUAGUGUUGGCCUCACCCGGUUGAGGCCAAUGCCUUAUUGUUGUGAAACAGUUUGUACUUGCCUUAUUUAUUUCAGGCAUAGCUAUUCUAUAGAAUCUUCUUGUAACGUUUGUUGGAAAUAUAAGAAAUAGAAAUAAGCUUUUCUGUCAA